ACAAUCAAAGUAGUCUGUGCUGGAAUUUGACACGCGACUUGUGAAAACAUAGUGGCCUAUGACAAAAAAUUUUAAGCACUAUUAUCAAGAUGGCGAGGAUUAAUCAAGUCCUGAUUUUCUUCGCGUUUGUGGGAAAUAUCCUGGCACAAGAAGGGUACAGUUACCAACGACCCGAAAAACCCUUCGGACCUACUCCAGCUCCUGGAGGUUUUCCGGGAGGAACUCCCCCAACAUAUGGACCCCCCCAAGCUGGAGGUUUCCCAACUCAGCCAAAACCUGGACAAAUUGGAGGUUUCCCAACACCAUCAGGACCCGGAUUUCCCCCCAGUGGAGGUUUCCCAAGUCCUACAACCCCAUCUAGACCUGGAUUUCCUCCCAGUGGAGGUUUUCCAAGUACUCCAUCAGGGCCUGGAUAUCCUCCCGCUGGACAAGUUGAAGGUUUUCCAAGUACUGUUACACCAUCAGGACCUGGAGGUUUUCCAAGCCCUCCAACUCCUUCAAGACCUGGGUUUCCCCCCAGUGGGGGUUUUCCAAGUCCUACGACUCCUUCUGGGCCUGGAUAUCCUCCCGCUGGACAAGUUGGAGGAUUUCCAGGCACUGUGACACCAUCAGGACCUGGAGGUUUUCCAAGUCCUACAACUCCUUCUAGGCCUGGAUUUCCCCCCAGUGGAGGAUUCCCAAGCCCUUCAAGACCUAGUUUUCCAAGUCCUACAACUCCAUCUGGUCCUGGAUAUCCUCCAUCAGGUCAAGUUGGGGGUUUUCCAACUCCCUCUCAACCGUUCCCUAGACCUGGAGGUUUUCCCGGAACUACUCCAUCUCCGGGUCAGCAGUUACCUGGUGGUUUUCCUGGUACUAGUGCUCCUCCUCAAUUUGGAGGUUUUCCGGGAGGUGUUCCAACACCUGGAGGUUUCCCUCCAAGGCCACAAGGACCUUCCGGUGCCUUCCCAGGAGCUCAAGGAGGUGGAGGAGGGGAAGAAGGACAGUAUGAGGAGGAAGAAGGGGAUUAUUCAGCAAUUCCCGGAGAACCUGACAAGGAUUAUCCCAUUUUCUCCGAAAUUCCCCAAACUUCCUUCUCCUGUGAUCAACAACAAUAUCCAGGAUAUUACGCCGAUGUUGAAACUAGAUGUCAAGUGUUCCAUAUUUGUGCAAAUAAUAAAACUUAUGAUUUUCUUUGUCCCAAUGGUACCAUCUUCCACCAGGAGUACCUGGUUUGUGUCUGGUGGAACCAAUUUGAUUGUAAUUCAGCUCCAUCUUUGUACGGAAUCAAUGCAAAUAUUUACGACUAUUCCAUUGUGGGAGCGCAACAAGGACCCCAAGGACCAAUUGGAGUACAACCACAAGGACCUGGAGGAUUCCCAAUUGCUCCCCCAGGUCCUGGAGGAUACCCAGCAGGGCCUGGAGCUUCUCCAGCUAGACCACAAGGACCUGGAGGAUACCCAGCAAGACCGCAAGGACCUGGAGGAUUUCCAACUGGACCCCAAGCUCCUUCAGGACCUGGGGGAUACCCAGCAGGGCUUGGAACACCCCCAGCGGGACCGCAAGGACCACAAGCUCCUUCAGGACCUGGAGGAUACCCGGCAGGACCAGGGGGACCUGGAGGAUAUCCAGCAGGACCAGGAGCACCUCCAGCGAGACCGCAAGGACCUGGAGGAUUUCCAACUGGACCACAAGCUCCCUCAGGCCCUGGAGGAUAUCCAACAGGACCUCAAGGACCUGCAGGUUAUCCAACUCCACCUCAAGCUCCUGGAGGAUACCCCACAGGACCUGGAGCCCCUCCAGCAAGACCUGGAGGGUUCCCCUCUGGACCUCAAGCUCCCUCAGGACCUGGGGAAGGGUAUCCGAGUGGAAGACCUUCGGUUCCUUUCCCAGGUCCCAAGCCAGAAGAGCCGACAAGAGAAUAUCUACCGCCUGUUAAUGGAAAAUGAUUUAAUUUUGAAAAUACCUCUUUUAAUACUCCUUUUAAAUAAUUUAUAACUAUGUAUAUAAAGUGAUAAAUAAUGUAUUUUGUAUAAAGCAAACAAAAACUCGUGUAAAUAUCUAUUAAAUUUUAAUAAAUAAUAGAUUUUACAAAA